AUGGACUGCAAAGAUCAGCCGAUCUUUGACGUCACCAAUAACUUUACGAACAAUCUCCUAGAGACGUUAUUUCUAUUCCAGCAGACCUAUUCACGUUUUCAUCGCUAUAUUGCCGUUCUACUCUGCUUAUUCGGUUUACUCGCCAAUUCAAUCCAUAUCUGGGUCCUGACGCGACCUCGAAUGCGAUUCAGUUCGGUGCAUACUGUACUUGUGUGUAUAGCCGUUUCGGACAUGGGCACAAUGUCAUCAUAUUUGAUCCACGUGAUGAUAUCCAUUGCACUUCAUGCCGUGACACUCUACUUGGUCGUUCUGAUGGCGUUCAUUCGAUUCAGUGCGAUGCGAGUCUCUUCUUCUGAGUGGCUACGCUCUAGAAGAGCAAUAAUUGCUGCCAUCGGCAUUGCGAUCUCAGUGUUUGUGCUAUGUGUGCCGACACUUUUGGCCCAUGAGAUCAUCCACAGAAACUCCGUUUCCACACAAGGAACCAUUUUAACUCGUUACAGUAUCGGUUUCUCGGAAAUGAUGUUAGAGAACGGUUGCCUCCUAAUGAAAGGAAAUUUGUGGCUUACUGGAAUAUUUUUAAAGGCGAUUCCGUGCGUGCUGUUGUUCGUCUUCACCAUCGCCCUCAUCGGGCGAAUGAAAGAGAACAUGGAGAUGCGCAUCAAAUUGCUCAAAGUCAAGGACGAUAAAGGGAAACGUGACGUUACUACUUACAUGCUAGUGCUCAUGGUUACGGUUUUUCUUAUCACAGAGUUACCACAAGGUGUGAUGGCCGUAUUGAACGCGCUGUACACGUCGCAAUUCCACGCGUACGUCUACCUGUCGUUGGCGGACGUGCUCGAUCUCCUCUCCCUCAUCAACUGCUACGUCGCCUUCCUUGUCUACAUCUGCACCUGCUCACGUUAUCGACAAACCCUUCUCUUAAUAUUGCCGUUAGUUGAAUCAACAUUUCUAUAA